AUGGACGACGAAACAGCGGAAAUUGAGCUGCUCCAGCAAAAUCUGAACAAAACGAAGCAGAUCUCGAAACGCAUGAUUACCAUUCUUGAUAGCUUCGAUACCCGGAUAGCAAAGCUCGAAAAGUCCAUCUUACCGUUAUACACGGCAGCACAAAUUUUGAACCGACGGAGAAGCAACAUUGACGAAACUCUGGCGAAGAUCAAUGAUGUGGCUAUUCAUCACGAGGACUUGGCAGCGGAAGAGCCCUCAACUGGGGCAAAUCGGGGUUUACAAGGAUACUUUGGAACGUCUGAAUGCGAAUAUCUUCUGUCUCGUCGUGAUACCGCGACGGACAAGAACGAACUCAAGGACGCUAUACAAACCCUCCGCGCCUUGUGCCUUCGCAGUUUCCCCGAGUUCCUUGCGGAUAUAAAGUUGGGUGCGACGAGCAGGGGCUCAGACACCAGCACCAAACUUACGGGUUUCACUCUGUCGACCGUUAGGUACAUAACCAAAGUGCCUGAGGUUCGAAGCGCCGUUUCUUCCGCACUACUCGCCCUCGGGGACGGGAACUGGAAGAUGGGCGAAGGAAUUCAAGUGGGCCAAGCUCGCGAAGGCGACGAAUCCGCCAUUCUUGAACACUUCAUUGGCGACGUUAUCAUAACCAGCCUUACCAGUCUAACCGCCAUCUCGCGAACCUCUCGCCGCCCAGCCUUCGGCUCCAUCUUCCUGCUCAACAACGUGUCCUAUUUGCGCGAACACCUCCUCAUCCAACCCACCAACCCCUCCAUCUCCAACCUCCUCCCUCAAUCCGCCGUAGACGCCCUCAACUCCAACUUCCGGACAGCCAAAGCCGGAUACUUCGACUCGAACUUUUCACCCCUCAUGCAGGCACUGGCGGACGACCCCAGGGACAAGAGCAGCAAAGGCGCGGCGAAGGAGAAGUUUACCCGGUUUUUCGACCUCCUGGAUGAGGUUGUGGAGAGGCAUCGGCUGGCGAAGGUUUUGGAGGACGAACCUGCGGGCAGGGAAACACUUGGGGAGGAGGUUAUUAGACUUGUUGUUCCGGCGUUGCAGCGUUUCACGCAGAGGCAGAAGGACAAGGAUUUUAGUAAGAACCCACAGAAAUAUAUCAAGAGAUCAGCAGAAGAAGUUGAACAACAGCUUUACGCCCUGUUCCACUGA